AUGGCAGAUCGAACGCGGACAACAACGAAUGGCACCGGGGUUCCCCGCUCUCGCAACGGCGCCUCUUCAGCAGGCGUCCGUCGUAAUCUAUUCCAAAGCCAGUUGACCCGGCGACCUACCGCUGGAUCGACUUCUACGUCUGCCGAAACACUGCAUUCGGACGUCGAUAUCUUGUCUGAUACAUCUGAGAUCGUAGUUCGCGAUAAGCAUGGAGAAAUUGAGCUUGGAGAUCCUCCGACACCAAUGAUGGAAGACGAGGAUGAGUUGCCACUAGAUCAUAGACAAGAGAGUGAGAAGGAAAGACAACGUCUAGCAGAAGCAGUUAAACAUCACCAGAUGCAUCGCCAUGCUAUGACCGAACAACCUGAAGGUGCGACAUAA